GCAUGUCUUCUACAAUAAACUUGAACUAAAAUCCAUUCCAAUUCAUCUGCACUUGUUAAUUUGUGGCCAUGGAGAUCGCGCAAUAUUUUGAGGACAAGACAGUUUUCAUUUCCGGCGUCACAGGCUUUCUUGCAAAGCUUUUUCUAGAGAAGAUACUACGCAUUCAACCCAAAGUCAAGAAAAUAUUUCUUUUGAUUAGAGCAACACCUGAAAAAUCUGUUGAGCAAAGAUUACAUGAUGAGGUUAUGAGUGUAGAGUUGUUCCGAGUUGUUAAGGAGGAAUUGGAUUCAAAUGGUGCAGGAGGAUUGUUGGAAAAAGUCGUCCCAAUUUCAGGCGACGUUUCUUUGGAGAACUUGGGGAUAAUAGAGUCGAGAGUAAGAGAGGAGAUAUGGCGGGAUGUGGAUAUUAUUGUCAACUCAGCUGCAACUACCAGAUUCGAUGAAAGAUAUGAUGUAGCAUUAGGCGUCAAUGCAUUGGGAGGGAUGCAUGUCCAACACUUUGCAACAAAGUGUUGUAAACUAAAGAUGCUUCUCCACGUUUCCACAGCUUAUGUGCACGGCACGCGAGCUGGAGUCAUACCAGAGGUGGCAUUUCAUAUGGGGCAGACACUUCCAGGAGCUGAAAUCCCAUAUUUGGACAUUAACAGGGAGAAGAAGAUUGUUGAGGAAAGAUUGAGACAACUUCACACACUAAAUUCCACCCCGAAACAAAUCACUUCUGCUAUGAAGGACUUGGGCAUCGAAAGAGCUAAGUUGCAUGGAUGGCCAAACACUUAUGCAUUUACAAAGGCAAUGGGGGAAAUGAUGAUUUUGGAGGAGAUGAAGGGAAAGGAUUAUAAGCUCAUUAUACUACGUCCAACUAUUAUAACAAGUACUUACCGAGAACCAUUUCCCGGCUGGAUUGAAGGAUUAAGAACCCUUGAUGCACUUUUUGCUGCCUAUGGGAAAGGAAAAUUGACUUUCUUCUUAGCCGAUCCACAAUCCAUAGUUGAUAUAAUACCAGGAGAUAUGGUUGUGAAUGCUAUGUUUGCAGCAAUUGCAAGACAUUCAAACGAUCAACCUUCCCCCAAUUUUAUAAUUUAUCACCUUGGUUCAUCCAAAAGAAAUCCCAUAUAUUUGGGGGAAGUCUCAUCUCUCAUGUAUCAAUAUUUACGCAAGAAGCCAUUUCUUGAUAAUAGAGGGAAACCUAUCAAGAUGGGGGCUGAACUAAAACUACUAAUCUCCAUGACUAGCUUCCGCCGAUACAUUAAGAUCCGCUAUUUGCCAUUUUUGAAGAUAUUAAAGUUGUUGAACAUGAUCUUUUGCAACAAAUUUGAAAGAUUAUACACGAAUUCAAGCCGAGCUGUCAACUAUGUUCUACGACUUGCUGAACUCUACAAGCCCUACUCGCUUUUCUUGGGAACCUUCGAUGAUGCUAACACAGAAGGUUUGCGAACGACAACAAGAGAAUGCAAUUCGAAUGUAGACAUGUUUGGCUUUGAUCCAAAAUAUAUUCAGUGGGAAGAGUAUCUUAUAAACACUCAUUAUCCGGGAGUUGUCAACUAUGCACUCAAAUAAUUAGGUUUAUGAUGUAAUAUUACAAAUUGUAUGGAAACUUAAGUUUGUCUGUGUGAUGUAAUAAAACAGACUUAGGCUUUAUAUGAUAUAAUGAAAUUCUAUUAUUGAAUUUCAACUUUAUUAUUUUCCUAUU